CACUCAAGGGAAAGUUUCAAGACCUCUUUGUGUAUUUGAUCUUUCAGAGAAGCACAUAUUAAACCUUUACUGAAAUGGUGACGUUUGCGUCCCUGGGAAUGGAUAUUAUGGAUAGCAGUUAUUGAUCACAAUGCGUAUUAAAUCAUGUAAGCGUAUUUGCCAUCUACCUCACCUGAAUCAGGUGCUGGUACUGGCUGUAGCUGGGAGGCGGAGGUGUUCCUGCGACAGUUCUCCGCGAUUUGACAGAGAAUGAGAUGCAGAGCUUUCAUAGCGGGAGUUACUCGCAUGUUCUGAUAGCCUACUCCUAGUAUAAAUUGCAGUUUAAGAGACUGAUUAUGACAUACGACGUUGGAAUAUAUUUAAUGUUUUUUGUUUUAUUUAUUAAACGGACGGAUUUAAAACAGCGACCGCAAUGAGAUGUGCAAUUCGUAAACUGAUACUUUGUUUAGUAGUAUGGAGCUAUGUCACGGUUGAAACAACAGAAGUAAGCAAGUGUUCAUUUAACCUGACAGAGACCAGCGCAGACACGGAUUCUAUUAUGAUCAAACUAUCUACAGCUGGAGAUGCAUGCAUCUUCACGGUGUUUUCAGAGGAUAACCGCACAGAAAUAACGGACUGCGAUCAGUAUGAAGAACAUAGAAACGCUUACAUCUGUGAGAUAAGGGACCUCCAGCCUGGGACGUUACAUCAUUUUGGACUGAUAUCCAAGACUGACGGAGAGAGCGCCUAUGUUUCAGUACGCACAGACCCAGUGGGUCCAGUCAGGCUGGUGGUGGAGCAGGUCCAGUCCCAGAGCCAGCCCGGGGCCCCAGGUGUACGCGUGUCCUGGCCCCACUCCCGGGGCCAGGUGGACUGGUACGAGCUCUCCCUGAGGGACAUCAACAGCGGAGUCAGCCACAGGACCAGGGUUAUGGGCAGUGCUGCCCACCAGUCAGGCUUCACCUCCCUAACCCCCGGCAGCCUGUAUGCCCUCACCCUGGUGGCUGUGGCUGGGAAUAAGACAGCCCCACCCGUAUGGGCAACUGCAGGGAUAGCUCCCUCUCCGGUCAGCGGCCUCCAUCUCUCAGCCUCCUCCAGACGCCUCAGUGUUUCCUGGACGGCUGGCCCAGGGAGGAGGGACCUUUUCAGGGUCCUGCUGCGGGAGCAGGGGAUCCUGGUCAGGAAUGUCACCGUGGAGACCAGCAUCUCGUCCUACACCCUCAGCGACCUGCUGCCUGGAACCCUGUACGAAGUUACCGUGGUGACGGAGGCAGCUGGUCUGCAGAGUUCUGUCUCCCAACGUGCUGUCACAGUUCCUGCAGCUGUUUCUGACCUGCGAUUGGACAACAACGGCAGCCUGGACACGCUGAGAGCUUCCUGGGUCAGAGGGGAAGGCGGCGUGGACUCCUACCUGGUGACUCUGUCCUCCAGGUCAGCGACCAAUCAGGAGCGGCGGCUGGCGGCCAAUGUCACUGAGGUUUUGUUCCAGGGUCUGACCCCUGGCACAGCCUAUCAGGUGUCUGUGAGGUCAAAGAUGACAGAGCACACUAAAGAGGCCAAGGUCACAGGAAGGACAGUGCCGGAUCGUGUGACUUCCCUCUCUCUCGUGGCUCUCAGCGACGGCAAAACCCUGAAGGCCACGUGGUCGCCCCCUAGAGGCCAAUGGGAGAAGUACAAUGUGGUGCUGUGGAACGGCUCGCUGGCCCUGGUGAACAGGACCGUCGCCAGGCCCGCCCAGGAGUUCUCAGGACUGGUCCCGGGCAGGGCCUACCGGGUGGAGGUCAGCUCGCUGAGCGGGCUGCAGGGCCGCACCGAGCUCUGCCAGGCCAGGCUGCCUCCCAGGCCCGUCCAGCAGCUGGUGGUCCGUCACAGUGACGAGACGUCCCUGAGUGUGUUAUGGAGUCGCCCAGCAGGGGAGUGGGACGGGUACACUGUGCUACUGAAGCCCAGGGCCGCCGGCCCGGGUGGAGCUAACACCCAGACCAGAAUGCUCGCCUGGGAUGCCAGGGAGUGCACGUUUAACGUCCUCACACCUGGCCGGCGCUAUGAGAUCACCGUGGCGACCAGGAGUGGCAACUUGAGCGUGUCUGCGGCCGUGACGGGACAUACCACUCCCGCCCAGGUGGCCCAGCUGCAGGUGAGUAACGGGGGCAGCACAGACAGCCUGCAGACCCAGUGGCAGCGCGCCGCAGGAGAGCUGGACUCCUACCGCAUCCUGCUGGUCCUGGACAGCAGCGUGAUCAAGAACGAGAGCGCGGCAGGCCCCACCAGCUCCUACAGCUUCGGGGGUUUGAAGCCUGGCGCCCUCUACAGGGUGGUGGUGACUACCGUCAGGGCCGGGCUGACCUCCCGGCAGACUGUGGCGGAGGGCCGCACAGUCCCGGCAGCGGUUGGCGAGGUCACUGUCAGCAACAACGGUCGUAUGGACUUCCUCAGCGUGUCCUGGCGUCCCGCCCCGGGCGAGGUGGACAGCUACCUGGUCACCCUGAGAGACCGGGAGAGGACGGUGCACACACUGGCCGUGUCCAAGACCAGCCCGUCAUGCGUGUUCAGCUCACUGGUCUCCGGUCGUCUCUACGACAUCUCCAUCGCGUCCCGCAGCGGUGCCUAUGAGAACCACACGGUCGUGCAGGAGCGCACACAGCCGUCCAGUGUGCAGAGUCCUACAGCGAUCCACUCUGCCCGUGACGACUACCUGAAGGUGUACUGGCGGCAUGCGGCGGGGGACUUCGACCACUACCAGGUGGUCAUCAAGCACAACAACGUGUUCCACCAGAACCAGACGGUGCAGAAGACCCAGAACGAGUGUGUGUUCAACGGGCUGGUGCCGGGCCGGCUGUACACGGUGGUGGUGAGCACCUGGAGCGGGCAGUACGAGACCAGCGUCUCCACCCACGGACGCACCUUCCCGGCGGCGGUGAGGGCUCUGGCGCUGGCGGGCCGCGGCACGGAGGAGCUGCGUGUGACGUGGUUGCCUCCGCCCGGCGAUGUGGAUCACUACGAGGUGCAGCUCCUCUUCAACGACAUGAAGGUGUUCCCUCCUCUCACACUGGGCAGCGCGUCCGGGGAGUGCCUGCUCUCCUCGCUCACGCCCGGGCGCCUCUACAAGAUCCACGUCUCCACCUUCAGCGGGCCCAAUCAGAGGGCUCAGUUCAUAGAGGGCCGGACAGUCCCCAGCAAGGUGAAGAACAUCCAUGUGAGUAACGGCGGUCAGAGCAGCAGUCUGCGGGCCAGCUGGACGCCAGGACGCGGGGACGUGGACAGCUUCCUGGUCUCUCUCCAGCAGGGGGCGCGCCGGCUGGAGUCCAGGCCCAUCCAGAAGCACCAGAACCAGCUGGGCUUCAGCUCCCUGCAGCCUGGGCAGAUCUACAGCAUCACCGUAGUGUCCCUCAGCGGGGAGCUCAACAACAGCCUCACAGCCAACGCACGCACCGUCCCCUCGGCAGUGACAGGUCUCCAGGUAGACAACCUCCACAGCUGUAGCAGUCUGCAGGUGAGCUGGGAGGAGGCUCGAGGCGUUGCCGAGGGUUACAUCCUGCAGCUCCUGGAGGAGAGGGGCGGGCUGGUGGCUAACUCCUCCCAGGCCGCCAGCGCCACCCAGUACCGCUUCCACGGCCUCACGCCGGGCAGGAAGUACCGGGUCCUGGUCCAGACCGCCAGCGGAGACGUGCACAGCGAGGGCGUCCACGCAGACGCUCGCACACGUCCCGCAGCUGUGACAGAGCUGUCCAUCCAGACCACCACCACUAGCAGUCUGUCAUUCCGCUGGUCUCCACCCGAGGGCGAGUUUGAGGGCUACGAUGUGUUCCUGUACGCCGGGGAUGACAGCCUCCAUGACCGGCGCAGCGGUCUUCCCAGCAUGCUGCGCUGCUCCUUCCUGGGGCUCACGCCUGGCACCCCCUACAGGCUGGUGGUGCUCACGCGCAGCGGAGAGCAGACCAACGACUCUGCCAUCUGGGCCAGGACCAUCCCCGCUGCAGUCACCUCCCUACAGGCGAGGAGCCUCAACCAAUCAGAGGCCCUGCAGGUGAGCUGGGAGCGUGCGGAGGGUGACGUCAGUGGCUACCUGCUGUCCCUCUACAACCCCGACGGCUCCCAGCAGGCCGAGCAGCAUCUGGGGUCAGAGGUCACGCAGCACGUGUUCCCACAGCUGGUUCCAGGACGUCUCUACAGCACCGUCGUGCUCACGCACAGUGGGGAGCUGUCCAACAGGGCCGACGCCAUGGGCAGGACCACCCCCAGACCCCCGUCGUCGCUGACCUUCGGAGGGGUCACCAACACUUCCCUGGAGGUGACCUGGAGCGGCCCUCUGGGGUCGGACUACGAUGACUUCCUGCUGCUGUGGGACCCGAGGGACCAGCUGGCGGUGAUCAACCCCUACCAUACCCGCACCUCCGGCAGCAGGAUACUGCGGGGCCUGUACCCCGGCCGGCUGUACCGCUUCAGCCUGCAGAGCGUCAGCGGGGGGGCCGGGGGGAGCCCUGCCUACAGCCUCGCCAUCCACAAGAGCAUCCGCACCAAGCCGGAGCGUGUGCAGAGCCUCCACUGUCGUCCCCAGAGCUCCACCUCCAUCUCCUGCUCCUGGGCGCCCCCGGAGGCCGAUUAUGACUCCUACACCAUCGAGUGUCUCCACCGAGAUUCCCGCACGCUGGUGUACUCCCGCCGCACCGGCAGAGACACCGCCGUCUACCACAUCACCCAGCUGGACCCCCACAAACGCUACACCGUCUCCGUCAAGGCCAUCUCCGACAGCAUGACCAGCGACGCCUCCGAGGACAGCGUGGUCACCAUGAUCGAUCGCCCGCCCCUGCCUUCCCUCUCUGCUCGUGUUAGUGACAGCUCUGCCCUGGUCACUAAGUCCUCCAUCUUCUUCAAGUUCAACUGCAGCUGGUUCAGCGACGUCAACGGAGCCGUCAAGUUUUUCACAGUGAUAGUGGCCGAGUCUGACGAUAGUGAGACCCUGCAGCCAGAGCAGCAGCACCCCAUGCCCUCCUAUCCGGAGUACCGCUCCAACAGCUCCAUCACGGCCUACCAGACCAGCUACUUUCCUAGCCACUGUGCCCAGGGUCCUGACAGCGCCACCCAGAGCCUGGAGGUCAACCUGGGCACCGGCAUGGACAGUCUGGGAGGGCCCUGCGACCGCACACACAACCAGGGCCAGAGCCAGGGCCUUGACCUAGGCCAAGACCAGGGCCAGGACCAGGACCAGGGCCAGGACCAGGAGAAAGGCUUGAACCCAUUCUGUGAUGGACCUCUUAAACCCAAAACCCCAUACAGGCUCAGCGUGCGUGCCUUCACCCAGCUGGACGAGGAUCAGCACGGCUCUCCUCUCUACACAGACACCUUCCUCUCCCUCCCCCUCGUCACCGAAGCAGAGCCUCUGACUGGUGUGAUCGAGGGCAUCAGUGCCGGCAUGUUCCUGGUGGCCAUGAUGGUGGCCAUCACAGCUCUGCUCAUCUGUAGACAGAAGGCUCACAAAGUGAGUCUUCAGGAGAGGCCAGUGGUCCACAUGAGCAUGAGGAGUGAGAGAUCCUCCUCCGGGGUGCACAUGGGGGUCAGGGGCAAUCGACGCAUUUCAAGCCCCAUCAAGACCCUGCACUUUGAGUCUCACUACAGCAAACUGCAGGCCGACUCCAACUACCUGCUUUCUGAGGAGUACGAGGAUCUGAAGGAAGUGGGACGCAACCAGCCUCUGGACACGGCCCUGCUCCCAGAGAACCGGGGGAAGAACCGCUACAACAACAUCCUUCCCUACGAUUCGACGCGUGUGAAGCUGUCGUACGUGGAUGAUGACCCUUGCUCAGACUACAUCAACGCCAGCUACAUUCCUGGUAACAACUUCCGAAGGGAGUACAUAGCCACGCAGGGUCCUCUCCCAGGGACCAAAGACGACUUCUGGAAAAUGGUGUGGGAGCAAAACGUCCACAACAUCGUCAUGGUGACGCAGUGUGUGGAGAAAGGCAGGGUGAAGUGUGACCACUACUGGCCGUUCGACCUGGACCCUCUGUACUACGGUGACCUCAUCGUGCAAAUGCUGUCUGAGUCGGUCCUGCCAGAGUGGACCAUCCGCGAGUUCAAGAUCUGCAGCGAGGAGCAGCUGAGUUUUUCCAGGGUGGUGCGUCAGUUUCACUACACCGUGUGGCCCGAUCACGGGGUCCCAGAGACUACCCAGUCACUCAUCCAGUUCGUCAGGACAGUCCGCGACUACAUCAACAGGACUCCUGGUGCUGGGGCCACCGUGGUCCACUGCAGUGCUGGUGUGGGCCGAACAGGAACCUUCAUCAGUCUGGAUCGAGUUCUACAGCAGAUGGAGACAAAGGACACAGUGGAUCUAUAUGGGGCGGUGUUUGACCUGCGCCUACACCGCUCUCACAUGGUGCAGACUGAGUGCCAGUACGCGUACCUUCACCAGUGUGUCAGAGACGUGCUCAGAGCGAGGAAACUACGGAAUGAGCAGGAGAAUCCUCUCUACCCGAUCUAUGAGAACGUGAACCCAGACCACCAGAGAGAUAUGGUGUGCACCAGACGUUAAAGAUUGUAUAUGGACUACUAAGGGAGAAAGUGUCUAAACAUGACACAUGUUUGUAACAUGUUUCGCACUACAGGGAUAUAUGGCAAAUUUAUUUUUCUACCAUUUUUAUUUUUAUUUUUAAGACCAAUGUUAAAACUCCAAUAGGUAACAUUAUACAUUAUAUUCUUAUUUGAAAAACAGAGCCCUCCAUUUUCCCAUGCUUUCCUCCAGUUUGAGUUUGAUUGUCAGUGGUUUUUACAGAUUAAAGGAAGAAAGCUCAUUGAAGGGGAUUGGCUGGAAAGUAGCGGGCUGCUGUAAAUUAUUAAUUUAGAUUCCAAUGGCGCUGAGCUGUUAGUCAGCCCUCGGAGGGCCUGAAUAACUUGCACAAUAUGUUAAAAGAACAUAAAACUUUAAUUUUUUUAUUGAAAAGUCUUUACCUAUUGUACUUUUAACAGAAACACCUGGGAAAUUAUAUUAGAAACUAUAUUAUUUAAUUAUAACAGAAUGUUUAAUGUAACACAAUUGUAUAUACUUGCUACAUUCUUUUAUGUUUGGGUGUUUGUAUAAAUGCUUUAUAUUUUCACAAUGCGCUUUUGUACACAGCAUUUAAAAUUAUUAUAAGAAAACUGGCUCACUCAGACUAAGUAAUACGUUUUAGUUUUUUUUACAUUAUACAAAAAAUUACAUGAGAUUUGAGAACGUUGAAAUUAUGUUUUAACUCAUGUAUGGAUAUUACUACAGACUUGAUACAUAUUUUGUAGGUAGCGAUAGCUGCUUAAAAAAUGUAAAGGAGCAGAUUUUAUUACAAAAAUUUGUUUUAUUUUUUACCAUUUGGGUAUUACUUUGUGUAUAUGAGUUCUGUAUGGUAUUGUCUCAUAGUAUCAGUGUGUAGGCUUCUUAUCAUAAACAUCUAUUUACCUGCCUAAACAUGACUGCGAUAGUAAUUGUAAGGAAUGCACGACGGAUUCUGUGAAUCAUAACCCAACCCAUAGUAUCGUAUAGUUCACUUUAUUCCCUAUAUGUUGUUUGAGUCUUUCAAUAAAGUAAACGAAUUAAUUUAACUUA